AUGACUGUACGUGUUUUACAGGACCAAGCAACUAUUUUCAUUAUCUUUUCAAAUAAACUGGACAACCAGUUGAAAAUGGAGGUGGAGUUUUCCUCUAAAGAUUUAGCUGCAAAACGGGUUUUAGGGAUUUUGGAGAAUGAAUACACCAUCAGUGUUAACGCGCCUGGUAAGUAGGCUACCUUUAGAGGCUUUCAAUCGCUAUAGAGGAACAUUUAGACCACUUACCCAGUCUUCUAUUUCACUUUCACUUAUUCUAUUUCACUAUUACAUUCUUAUUGUGGACAUUUCUUCGACCAAUGUGAAUAACUUGAAGUGAUUUGCCAGCCACUAUGCUGUAUAGUAGAUAAAGAAUGCUAACCCAGAUAAAUGUCAUCUUUCCCAGAUAUGCCAGCAGGAGAGAUGUCACUCACUCUGCAUGGCAACGACUCACCAGUCUGUUUGAGGCCUGUAACAUACUACACAGUCAUGGGAGAAGUCAGCAGUUACCUUGAACUUGCAGCUGCUCCCAUGGACUUUAUGUGUCAGGUGAGAGUGCUCAGUACAGAGUAAAAACACAGUAAUGAAGACUGACAAAUUCAGUUUUCAACAUCUCUAAAUAAUUGAUUUUGAAAGGGAUAGUUCACGGGGGUGGUUUCCUUACCCUGUAAGGUUUGACAGCAAUCCAUGCUUUGGUUUAGUUUCCCUGGCACUGUUUCCAAAUGCUAAGAUUUUAUAAUUUGUGCCAAAUCCAAGUCCUGGUACCGAUAUUAGAAUUUUUCGCACAUCAUGCCCUAAUCAUACGAAAGGAUCUCAAAUCGAUUGUGAAGUUCAACAAAAUCACUUAUAGAUGAUUUAACAUGAUGCGAAAAAUGCUAAAAUCAGUACCAUGACUUGAAUGGGAUUUGUGCCACAAAUGCGAGUGCCUGUUACCAUUUAGUAGGCUUGCAACAAGCUAAGGUGCUAGGGAUGGGCUUAAAAUGCAAGCUACGGCUCCAAGCAUCAGUGGUUCAAUCCCAGUGACUGGUUUUGUUAUUUUGUUUUUUUCUGUUUAAACCCUAUCUCAAACCUUAACCCUAACCUUAACCAGUUGGAAUUACUGCCUAAACUUACAUUUCGGUUUCAGUUUUGUGCAGUUUGAUUGAAGGCUAACAUAUGGCAAAAUACGCUGUAAUUAAAAGGGCAAGAGAGGCCAUCUCCUGUUGCCUUCAGUUAUGUCAAAUGUCUCUAUUUUCAUUGGAGGUUGCGUUGCAUCUCACACAGACUAAAGCUUCAAGAAAGCCUAAAAAACAUUAAUGUGUAAAUUCUUUAGAACAUAUUCAAUUUCCUUCAAUAGUAUGUUGUUCAUUUCUAUGUUUCUAGGCAUUCAAUAUCACAUCCAAUACCACAGAGUCACUUGACAAUAUGCUGACAGACUCGUUAAAAGGCAGGAUUCCUGCAAGUGGACUUCAUGUGUUUGGAAUCAGACAGAUCGAGGAAGACAAUAUGGCUGCAUGUAAGUGCUUUACAUUUUGACCAGAAAAUAUAACGGAAUGAUACAUUUGCUUGUCUACACACUAACAGUUCUAUUGAAACUGGUAUGCAUGUUUUUGUGGUAAGGAAAAACAAUGUGCUAGCUAGUUUCUAGUGAAUACUUACACUACAUUGUUGUAGAUGUUUCACGAGAGAGUAAGGGGAGUUCCUCAAACAGUUCCACUAAUCUCAGUUAGGUAUUUUUUUUAAAUCAUAUUCUUUAAAAUCAAGUGAUAUGCAGUUGCGGCCAAAUAUAUUGGCACCAUUACACUUUUCCCUAUUUCUUAUAAAAUACGUUGACAUUUAAGCUUUUGGCCACCAGACCUUCUAAUUGGAUUUUCAACAUUGCAGAACACAUUUAAUUUUUUUAAACUUACGUUUACAAUUUUAAUUGAGAAAAUAUAGACAAAUGGCAUUGCCAAAAUUAUUGCCGCCCAGGAGCUAGUAAUUGGUUGCACAGCCUUUGGCCAAGAUAACUGCAGACAAACGCUUCUUGUAGCCAUAAAUGAGUUUAAUGCACCUUUCUACUGCCAAUUUUUUUAGCAACAAACUGCUCUAAUUCUUCAAUGUUUAAAGGGUGCCCUCCACCAACUGCUGUUUUCAGAUCUCGCCAUAAGUUUUGGAUGUGAUUCUGGACUCUUCGCUGGCCACUCCAAAACAGCCCAGCAUCUCUUACUGAACCAUUCCUGGGUGCUUUUUGAUGUGUGUUUGGGGUUGUUUUCCUGCUGGAAUAACCUUCAAAUGGAGACCCAGGUUUUGGACACUGGGUUGAACAUUGGACUCCAAAACACCUGAUAAUCUGCUGAUUUCAUGAUGUCUUGCACUUAUUCAAGGCCCCCAGCACUAGAGGCAGCAAAGCAACCCCACAGCAUGAUCAAACCUCCCCAUAUAUGACAUUGAAGAAUUAGAAUGGUUUGCUGCUGAAGAGUGGCCCGAAUUGCCAGUAGAAAGGUGCAGCAAGCUCACAAGAAGCAUUUGUUGGCAGUUUUAUAAUUUUUUAUUUCAAUUUAUUUUAGAAGAAAUAGGGAAUUAUUUCAGUAAAGUGCAAGGGUGCCAAUAUGUUUGGCCGCAAUUGUAUUUGCAUUUUUUUUUUUAUGGGCCAAAAAUACAGACAGUGGCUCUAAGCAGAGUUGGGGUCAAUUCCAUUUAAAUAUAGGGGUUGAUUGAAAAUCCCUCCCUAUAUAUUGAGAAUCAAAAGACACUAAAACAUAAAGAAUGGAGUAAAAACAAUCUUGCAGUUUGGGUUAUGACAGUGUAAUACAGUUGUAGUAAGCAAGUAUGUUAUUUGCUUAUUUAAUUAUUUGACAUUACCAUUUAAUGACAGGAACUCUUACAGAUUGUGCCUUUAAUUACAGAUUAUGCCAUUAAAUUUACUCUGACAGUCAAAUUAGUUCCUAGACGGCCGUAUAUAAAUCCAUCCUUAAGCAGACAGUUGUUAUGGUUAUGAAAUUGGAUAAAUGGGACACGUCGGGAAAAAAAAGUUGCCAAAAUGUGAUUUUUUCAAAUGACCGAUGAACUACCAUUCACCUGCUGUAAUCAUCCAAAUGUUUUAUCUGGGACAUCCAAAAAAUGUGAUCUGGGACAUGGCCACUGAUCAUCCAAAAAUGUUAUCUGGACAUUCAAAAAUGCCAUCAAAUGAUGUCCACAUUAUUUUUUAUCUGAGAGUCCAAGAAUCCCCAUCGAGUUAUGUUGACAUCCAGGGAUGUGAUCCAAGGUCCAAAAGGUCAAUACAUUCUGUGUUCUAAAUUUAGGUGAAUUGGGAAUAUUUCUUUUUUGGGAACAUUUCUUUUUUAUCAAGUUCAACUUUUAUCCUGAAGGUUUUGAGUCUUCAAGAACGUUCAUAACAAGUGGAAUAGAUCACAUAGAUUCAUUUGACUGUUUUUGUCACUCAGGUCAGCGAAAGCAGGAGCUUCCCACUCUGCUUCAUUUUGCUGCAAAGUAUGGGCUGAAGAAGCUUACCACAGUCCUGCUACAGUGUCCAGGUGCCUUACAGGCCUACAGCGUAAUGAAUAAGAAUGGAGACUACCCAAAUACACUGGCAGAGAGGAGCGGUUUCUCUGACUUGAGACAGUUCAUGGACGACUUUGUGGUAAGUCCAUUGUUAGUAUGUUUAUCUUGUAUCUCUCUAGUGUGAUCUCAAUUAUGGGAAAUGCUCUGAAUUGCACAACAAUUAAAUCAAAUAGCAGCUACCGGUAAAUCAUAUUGUAGUAACUUUCUGAAAUAAUAUCUUUAGUGAAGACUAAGACUAUGUGCACGAUAUCUCGUAUGUAGGAGACGGCUGACAUGCUGAAGUCUCAUAUCAAAGAAUCCAUCUCGGCUAAAGAAGAUGAUGUGUACGAGUCCACGUCCAUCUCCUCUCGAGAUAUCAUCAUGAAGUAUUCCCUGAACCCCGGGUGCCAAGAAGACAUCUAUGAGUCCAUGAUGGGGUUAAGCCCAGACUACAUGGAAGACCUAUGUAUGACUAAUUACAUGAAGUACCAUUUCCCAUUGAUGAUGAUGAUGAUGAUGGAUUAAUAUCAUUAUCUUUGAAUAUUUUAUUUCCCUCAGAUGAGGACAUGGAGAAGGCAUUAGGAGAGUCGCAUAACCCAGUGGAAAUCAUACUUAGAAAGUUUUUUCAAGGUAAAUUGACAAAAUAUGAAUGCUGGGAACUGUUUCAUAUCGAUAUACAGUGCAUUCAGAAAAGUAUUCAGAAAGUAUACGUUACAGCCUUACUCUAAAAUUGAUUAAAUAGUUUUUUUCUCUCUCAAUCUACACAGAAAACCCCAUAAUGACAAAGCAAAAACAGGUUUUUAUAAAUUUGUGCACAUGUAGUACAAAUAAAAAACUGAAAAAUUACAUUUACAUAAGUAUUCAGACCCUUUACUCAGUACCUUGUUGAAGCACCUUUGGCAGCGAUUACAGCCUCAAGUCUUCUUGGGUAUGACACUACAAGCUUUGCACACCUGUAUAUGUUCAAUCAGGUUCAAGUUUGGGCUCUGUCUGGACCACUGAAGGACAUUCAGAGACUUGUCCUGAAGCCUCUUCUGCGUUGUCUUGGCUGUGUGCUUAGGGUCGUUGUCCUGUUGGAAGGUGAACCGUCGCCCCAGUCUGAGGUCCUGAGCAGGUUUUCAUCAAGGAUCUCUAUUUUGCUCCGUUCAUCUUUCCCUCAAUUGUGACUAGUCUCCCAGUCCCUGCCGCUGAAAAACAUCCCCACAGCAUGAUGCUGCCACCACCAUGCUUCACCGUAGGGAUGGUGCCAGGUUUCCUCCAGACGUGACGCUUGGCAUUCAGGCCAAAGAGUUCAAUCUUGGUUUCAUCAGACCAGAGAAUCUUGUUUCUCAUGGUAUGAGAGUCCUUUAAGAUCAUUUUGGCAAACUCCAAGCGGGCUGUCAUGUGCCUUUUACUGAGGAGUGGCUUCCGUCUGGCCACUCUACCAUAAAGGCCUGAUUGAGUGGCCCAGCCAGAGCCCGGACUUGAACCCGAUCGAACAUCUCUGGAGAGACCUGAAAAUAGCUGUGCAGUGAUGCUCUCCAUCCAACCUCCUAGUGCUUGAGAGGAUCUGCAGAGAAGAAUGGGAGAAACUCCCCAAAUACAGGUGUGCCAAGCUUGUAGCGUCAGACCCAAGAAGAUUUGAGGCUGUAAUCGCUGCCAAAGGUUCUUCAACAAAGUACUGAGUAAAGGGUCUGAAUACUUAUGUAAAUGUGAUAUCAGUUUUUUAUUUUUUUUUUACUGUUUUUUGCUUUGUCAUUAUGGGGUAUUGUGUGUCGAUUGACGAGGGGGAAAAACAAUUUUAACAACAAAAAAUGUGGAAAAAGUCAAGGGGUCUGAAUACUUUCCGAAUGCACUGAAAUGGUCUGCUGAUGGGCCCUCAAUGGUUGAUGGGGUUCUCAUUGUAUUUAAACUAGUUAGGUAGGUUUAGGCCCCAAGAACAUUCACAGCUGGCUCAAGGGGCAAUCAACAGUUGUCUAAACUUCACAAAGCCUUGGAAGUGAACAGAAAAUGGACACAGUUAAAUAAUAAUAAUAAUAAUAAUAUGCCAUUUAGCAGACGCUUUUAUCCAAAGCGACUUACAGUCGUGCGUGCAUACAUUUUUGUGUAUGGGUGGUCCCGGGGAUCGAACCCACUACCUUGGCGUUACAAGCGCCGUGCUCUACCAGCUGAGCUACAGAGGACCACAGUUGCAAUGUUAUUUAUAAAACUGAUAUGAUAUUGAUAUUUUAUUAAAAAAAUUAAACUGAUAUUGAUCAAAUAAAAUGUUAUUUGUCACAUGCGCCGAAUACAACAGAUGUAGACCUUACCGUGAAACGCUUACUUGUCAAUGUAAAUAGUGAUUUGCCAAAUGGAGGGCGAGGGAGAGCUUUGUAUGCAUCUCUGUGUGUGGAGUAAAGGUGGUCUAGAUUUGUUUUCCUCUGGUUGCACAUGUGACAUGCUGGUAGAAAUUAGGUCAAACUGAUUCAAGUUUGCCUGCAUUAAAGUCCCCGGCCACUAGGAGCGCCAUUUCUGGAUGAGCAUUUUCUUGUUUGCUUAUGGCCUUAUACAGCUCAUUGAGUGCGGUCUUAUUGCCAGCAUCGGUUUGUGGUGGUAAAUAGACGGCUACGAAUAAUAUAGAUGAAAACUCUCUUGGUAGACAGUGUGUUCUACAGCUUAUCAUGAGGUACUCUACAUCAGGCGAGCAACACCUCGAGACUUCUUUAAUAUUAGACAUCGCGCACCAGCUGUUAUUGACAAAUAGACACACACCCCCACCCCUCUUCUUACCAGACGUAGCUGUUCUGUCCUGCCGAUGUACGGAAAACCCAGCCAGCUCUAUAUUAUCCGUGUCGUCGUUCAGCCACGACUCGGUGAAACAUAAGAUAUUACAGUUUUGAAUGUCCCGUUGGUAGCAUAAUCUCGAACGGAGAUCAUUCAGUUUAUUUUCCAGUGAUUGCACGUUGGCCAAUAGAACGGAUGGUAGAGGCGGGUUACCCACUCACCGACAAAUUCUCACAAGGCACCCCAAUCUCCGCCCCCUGUAUUUCAGUCUUUUCUUCACGCGAAUGACGGGGAUUCGGGCCUGGUUUUGGAGAAGCAGUAUAUCCUUUGCGUCGGACUCAUUAAAGAAAAAAUCUUUGUCCAGUUCGAUGUGAGUAAUCGCUGUUCUGAUAUCCAGAAGCUCUUUUCGGUCAUAAGAGAAGGUAGCAGCAACAUUAUGUACAAAAUAAGUUACAAACAAUGCAGUAUUUUUUUUUUGCACAGUUGGUUAGGAGCCCGUAAAACGGCAGCCAUCCCCUCCGGCACCAUUAUAGUACAUAUCGAUGCCAUAUCGAUGACCAUUUCCAUAUCGAUGCCCAUCACUACAAAAAUACUGUACUGCAUUGUACUGUAAUUGGACUUGUGGACUUUUUUAAGGGAAACCUGAUGCAGGUGUGGCCCAAGUUGGGGAGCAUACAACUAAUGAAGAGGUGGGAGACCAGGUGGAAGAACCAGAGGGGUUUGAGGAGGAAGACCCUUACAACAUGUUUGUUCAAGAUCAAAUCUAUGACACGGUGGAUGAGAAUGCGAGCUAUAUCCCAGAAAUGUUCAACCGUCCACCAGCCCCAAUUCCGAGACCUGUAACAUUUUCAGAGUCUGAGAAGUCCAAGACCUACAUCUCAAGAGGUACAUGACUGAAAAGCACAAGUGUUCUCCAAAGCUAUUAGCUAGUGCAUAAGUCACCAAACCAGUGGUGUAUUUAAGGUCCAGGUGAAUGACUAUGCUUUACGAUUCACAGUGUUUUCGGGAAAAGAAGAAUCAAAUCCACAGAGGGACCUCAGAGAAACCCAGUCAAACACAGGUACACAUCAAAUAUAAAAUCACUUGAGAUUUUAUUUUCUAUAUACUGCACAUUGUCCUGAAUCACAUCUUCUCCACUAAUUAGUAAAACAAUGUAUGUGUCUCCAAACCUCCAGUGAGGCCUGUGAGAGACAGAGCCGCCACCUCCUCUUCCCACGACCCCUACGCUGGAAUGAAGACCCCAGGCCAGAGGCAGCUCAUAGCCUUGCAGGAGAAAGUGAAGGUGGGGGUCCUGAGUGUGGAUGAUGCUGUGCAGGAAUUCAAGAUCUGGCAGUUUGACCAGGAUAGGAGAUCUCAGUCUCUGCGCUAUCAACAGGUACAGUAGUAGAUUAUAGUUAAUACUCAUAUCUCUUGGCAGAACACAAUAAACAUAUAUUUUCUGUGGCCCAGGCAUAGCUUUUGGGGGUACAAUGAUUAUCUGAAAUAAUGAAUAAAUAAAAUAUAUUUUGGUCACAGGAAAAUCUAAAAAGAUUACGAGACAGCAUUGCCAGACGCCAUAAAGAGAGGGAGAAGAUUGGGAAGGAGAUCGGUAGGCAUAUUUGGAGACUCUACUUUGCCUCUACAUGUGACAAGAGCAUACUGUACUUUGUAGGCUACUUAAUUUGCAAUUACAUUUCAUUUAUCAGGCUUGAUGAAAAGUGUUUUUAUUUUUAUUUUUUAAAUGGCCUUUCCUAUUUGACUAUGCCUACAAUUCUGUAUGUCCAUAAGACAGCAUCGGUGGUCAUAUUUGAUAUACACUGAACAAAAAUAUAAACACAACAUGCAACAGUUCAUAUAAGGAAAUCAGUCAAUUGAAAUAAAUUCAUCAGGCCCUAAUCUAUGGAUUUCACAUGACUGGGAAUACAGAUGUGCAGCUGUUGGUCACAGAUAGCUUAAAAAAGGUAGGGGUGUGGAUCAGAAAACCAGUCAGUAUCUGGUGUGGCCACCAUUUGCCUCAUGCAGUGCGACAUCUUCUUUGCAUAGAGUUGAUCAGGCUGUUGAUGGCCUGUGGAAUGUUGUCCAACUCCUCUUCAAUGGCUGUGCGAAGUUGCUGGAUAUUGGCGGAAACUGGAACACCCUGUCGUACAAGUCGAUCCAGAGCAUCCCAAACAUGCUCAAUGUGUGACAUGUCUGGUGAGUAUGCAGGCCAUGGAAGAACAAAGCUAUUUUCAGCUUCCAGGAAUUGCGUACAGAUCCUUGCGACAUGGGGCCAUGCAUUAUCAUGCUGAAACAUGAGGUGAUGGCGGCGGAUGAAUGGCACGACAAUGGGCCUCAUGAUCUUGUCACGGUAUCUCUGUGCAUUCAAAUUGCCAUCGAUAAAAAAGGCAAUUGUGUUCGUUGUCCGUAGCUUAUGCCUGCCCAUACCAUAACCCCACUGCCACCAUGGUGCAGUCUGUUCACAACGUUGACAUCAGCAACCUGCUCGACCCACACAACGCCAUACACGCUGUCUGCCAUCUGCCCGGUACCGUUGAAACUGGGAUUCAUCCUUGAAGAGCACACUUGUUCAGCAUUUGCCCACUGAAGUCGGUUACGACGUCGAACUGCAGUCAGGUCAAGACCCUAGUGAGGACGACGAGCACACAGAUGAAUUUCCCAGAGACGGUUUCUGACAGUUUGUGCAGAAAUUCUCCAGCUGUGUAAACCCACAGUUUCAUCAGCUGUCCGGGUGGCUGGUCUUAGACGAUCCAGCAGGUGAAGAUGCCGGAUGUGGAGGUCAUGGGCUGGCGUGGUUACACGUGGUCUGUGGUUACACGUACUUCCAAAUUCUCUAAAAUGAUGUUGAAGGCGGUUUAUGGUAGAGAGAUUAACAUUAAAUUAACAUUAAAUUAUCUGACCUGCAGUCAGAAUGCCAAUUGCAAGCUCCCUCAAAACUUGAUACAUCUGUGGCAUUGUGUUGUGUGACAAAACUGAACAUUUUACAGUGGCCUUUUAUUGUCCCCAGCACAAGGUGCACCUGUGUAAUGAUCAUGCUGUUCAAUCAGCUUCUUGAUAUGCCACACCUGUCAGGUGAAUGGAUUAUCUUGGCAAAGGAGAAAUGCUCACUAACAGGGAUGUAAACUAAUUUGUGCAACACUUUUUUGAGAAAUAAGCUUUUUGUGCAUAUGGAACAUUUCUGGGAUCUUUUAUUUCAGUUCAUGAAACAUGGGACCAACACUUUAUAUGGUGCGUUUAUAUUUUUGUUCAGUAUAAAAACAUGAUGUUACAGUUACAGUAAAACACUUAAAUGGAAAUACUUUGGAACAUCUAUGUACUGUAUGUAUGACAUUUAGCUUAUUGUUGAUGAUUGAUGCUUAUUGUUGAUCUGGCCUCUUCCCUGUGAGAUCUGGAGAUAAGCGCCCCACUGCAGAGGAACCUUCACUGGGGUUCCAACAUGGCUGUGGAGUGUUCUGUGUACGAGCCCGCCCCACAGGUCAUGACCCAGACCCCUCCUGUGGCCCAGCCAAUCCAGAGAAGCACCUGGAAAACUGGCAGUACCUCCAGCACAUCCAGUGAGUCCAAUCUGUCGUUUUCAUGUCACUAUGAGCCUUAUGUCAGGAUGGCAGUCAAAAAUGACAACUGAUGUAAUGAUUGAGUUGGUCUAGUUUUGAUGUUGGAUAUAUUACAAGAUGAUGUUAGUGUGGAUUGUCAAAAAUCUGUAUUAGUAGAGCGAUAGUGCUUAUAGAAAUAUACUUGUGUUUGCAGAAUGAUGAAAUCUGCAACACGUGGUCAUUUGUUUUGCUGAUCAACUCUGAUUAUUUCCAUAUCAUCUAUGGUCGUUAUGUCUAAAAUAUUAGACCUGUAGCUACAUUACUCUCCCCAUUAUUGUUGCUUCACUCAGAUGCUCUCUCUGAGUCGCCUUCAUCUCUAGCUAUUAAUGUGUACUUAAGCCUUGGCUGAAGUGGGGAGGUCAUCCCAACCUUCUACAGGCUCUUACCUCUUCAAGAAAUUGUUUCACAUUUACUUGUAGUGUUUCUUUCCUGAGCAUAUAUUUUUUUACUUGAACUUUCCCAGGUAGUGGCAGUAACAGACUCAGCACACAUAGUAACAUUAGCUACAGCAGUGGAACUGAGCCCGAGUUUGAGGUAAGGCCAAAUUGUUCUUCAAAGCCCAGUUCACCCAACACGCUUUUGGUAUAUUUCUGUCUUUGUGAAAGCAUGGCUUAGUCAACAAGGCUGAAUAGCUUAUCCUUAUUCCUACGUAUAGUUGCUGGAGAGACAUUAAAUCCAACUGAAUCAACUCACCACCAAAAGCAUUAAGUUAUAAACACCUUUGUAAUUUACCAAAAGCAUAUUGAUGAAAAAAAUAUAGAAUACUUAGGAAGGCACCAUGUACUUAUUUACAAUGUACUCUUGUCAAUGUAUUUACAAUGUUCUCUGUCACCUGCGCUUUUGUCAAUAACCUGAUUAUUAAUUAUGCUGUGUAUUGAUUUGAUCCAUGGAAAGGACACAGUAGACAUCCUCCCAAUUCCACCACGAAUCGCUGUGGCCGCACCUCUACUUCCUCCCCCCAGAAUCCCUCCACGACUCCCAGACCGGUAAGCCCACUCUUUCGAUAAGAGAGGCCAUUUCAUACAUUCCUGUAUCAGGAUCACAGAAACUUGCUGUAACUUGAUUUCAGAAUGUAAUUGCAUGUAAUGCAACAUGGAAUUACAGAAAGGCAACAUCACAGGAGUUAAAAGUAGAAUCAGUAAUAUGACGUCGUCAUAAACAGCAGAGUGACAUCCUGCUCACAGAAAUCAACAACAAAAUUGAACUUGAAUGUCAAAAGUUGAGAAUGACACAAAUAUUAAUUUUCACAAAGUCUGCUGCCUCAGUUUUGAUGAUGUCCAUUUGCAUAUACUCCAGAAUGUUAUGAUGAGUGAUCAGAUGAAUUGCAAUUAAUUGCAAAGUCCCUCUUUGCCAUGAAAAUGAACUUAAUCCGCAAAAAACAUUUCCACUGCAUUUCAGCCCUGCCACAAAAGGACUAGCUGACAUCAUGUCAGUGAUUCUCUCGUUAACACAGGUGAGAGUGUUGACGAGGACAAGGCUGGAGAUCACUCUGUCAUGCUGAUUGAGUUAGAAUAACAGACUGGAAGCUUUAAAAGGAGGGUGGUGCUUGAAAUCAUUGUUUUUCCUCUGUUAACCAUGGUUACCUGCAAGGAAACAAAUGCCGUCAUUAUUGCUUUGCACAAAAAGGGCUUCACAGGCAAGGAUAUUGCUGCUAGUAAGAUUGCACCUAAAUCAACCAUUUAUCGGAUCAUCAAGAACUUCAAGGAGAGAGGUUAAAUUGUUGUGAAGAAGGCUUCAGGGCGCCCAAGAAAGUCCAGCAAGCGCCAGGACCGUCUCCUAAAGUUGAUUCAGCGGCGGGAUCGGGGCACCACCAGUGCAGAGCUUGCUCAGGAAUGGCAGCAGGCAGGUGUGAGUGCAUCUGCACGCACAGUGAGGCAAAGACUUUUGGAGGAUGGCCUGGUGUCAAGAAGGGUAGCGAGGAAGCCACUUAUCUCCAGGAAAAACAUCAGGGACAGACUGAUAUUCUGCAAAAGGUACAGGGAUUGGACUGCUGAGGACUGGGGUAAAGUCAUUUUCUCUGAUGAAUCCCCUUUCCGAUUGUUUGGGGCAUCCAGAAAAAAGCUUGUCCGGAGAAGACAAGGUGAGCACUACCAUCAGUCCUGUGUCAUGCCAACAGUAAAGCAUCCUGAGACCAUUCAUGUGUGGGGUUGCUUCUCAGCCAACGGAGUGGGCUCACUCACAAUUCUGCCUAAGAACACAGCCAUGAAUAAAGAAUGGUACCAACACAUCCUCCGAGAGCAACUUCUCCCAACCAUCCAAGAACAGUUUGGUGACGAACAAUGCCUUUUCCAGCAUGAUGAAGCACCUUGCCAUAAGGCAACAGUGAUAACUAAGUGGCUCGGGGAACAAAACAUUGAAAUGUUGGGUCCAUGGCCAGGAAACUCCCCAGAUCUUAAUCCCAUUGAGAACUUGUGGUCAAUCCUCAAGAGGCGGGUGGACAAACAAAAACCCACAAAUUCUGACAAACUCCAAGCAUUGAUUGUGCAAGAAUGGGCUGCCAUCAGUCAGGAUGUGGCCCAGAAGUUAAUUGACAGCAUGGCAGGGCGGAUUGCAGAGGUCUUGAAAAAGAAGGGUCAACACUGCCAAUAUUGACUCUUUGCAUAAACUUAAUAUAAAUUGUCAAAGCCUUUGACACUUAUGGAAUGUUUGUAAUUAUACUUCAGUAUACCAUAGUAACAUCUGACAAAAAUAUCUAAAAACACUGAAGCAGCAAACUUUGUGAAGACCAAUACAAAAAUCCCAAAAAUCACAUUGUAUGAUUUUUAAGUAAUUAAUUUGCAUUUUAUUGCAUGACAUAAGUAUUUGAUACAUCAGAAAAGCAGAACUUAAUAUUUGGUACAGAAACCUUUGUUUGCAAUUACAGAGAUCAUACGUUUCCUGUAGGUCUUGACCAGGUUUGCACACACACUGCAGCAGGGAUUUUGGCCCACUCCUCCAUACAGACCUUAUCCAGAUCCUUCUGGUUUCGGGGCUGUCGCUGGGCAAUACGGACUUUCAGCUCCCUCCAAAGAUUUUCUAUUAAGAUGCUUCUUACGGAGCCACUCCUUAGUUGCCCUGGCUGUGUGUUUCGGGUCGUUGUCAUGCUGGAAGACCCAGCCACGACCCAUCUUCAAUGCUCUUACUGAGGGAAGGAGGUUGUUGGCCAAGAUCUCGCGAUACAUGGCCCCAUCCAUCCUCCCCUCAAUACGUGUCAGUCGUCCUGUCCCCUUUGCAGAAAAGCAUCCCCAAAGAAUGAUGUUUCCACCUCCAUGCUUCACGGUUGGGAUGGUGUUCUUGGGGUUGUACUCAUCCCUCUUCUUCCUCCAAACACGGCGAGUGGAGUUUAGACCAAAAAGCUCUAUUUAUGUCUCAUCAGACCACAUGACCUUCUCCCACUCCUCCUCUGGAUAAUCCAGAUGGUCAUUGGCAAACUUCAGACGGGCCUGGACAUGCGCUGGCUUGAGCAGGGGGACCUUGCGUGCACUGUAGGAUUUUAAUCCAUGACCGCGUAGUGUGUUACUAAUGGUUUUCUUUGAGACUGUGGUCCCAGCUCUCUUCAGGUCAUUGACCAGGUCCUGCCAUGUAGUUCUGGGCUGAUCCCUCACCUUCCUCAUGAUCAUUGAUGCCCCACGAGGUGAGAUCUUGCAUGGAGCCCCAGACCGAGGGUGAUUGACCGUCAUCUUGAACUUGCGGCAACAGUUGUUGCCUUCUCACCAAGCUGCUUGCCUAUUGUCCUGUAGCCCAUCCCAGCCUUGUGCAGGUCUAGAAUUUUAUCCCUGAUGUCCUUACACAGCUCUCUGGUCUUGGCCAUUGUGGAGAGGUUGGAGUCUGUUUGAUUGAGUGUGUGGACAGGUGUCUUUUAUACAGGUAACGAGUUCAAACAGGUGCAGUUAAUACAGGUAAUGAGCGGAGAACAGGAGGGCUUCUUAAAGAAAAGCUAUCAGGUCUGUGAGAGCCGGAAUUCUUACUGGUUGGUAUGUGAUCAAAUACUUAUGUCAUGCAAUAAAAUGCAAAUUAACUACUUAAAAAUCAUACAAUGUGAUUUUUUGGAUUUUUGUUUUAGAUUCCGUCUCUCACAGUUGAAGUGUACCUAUGAUAAAAAUUACAGACCUCUACAUGCUUUGUAAGUAGGAAAACCUGCAAAAUCGGCAGUGUAUCAAAUACUUGUUCUCCCCACUGUAAGUUCCUACAACUUUUAAAAACAACUCCAAAACCCCUGCCACUGUCACUUUAGGCCCAGGCUGUGUGGUACAAGGGUGAAUGGUGGGACUUGGGGCAGACACACGCCAUGGAAAUGUAGGCUCCCCUCUCGGGUGUGCUCUCCCUCUCCAGAGCACAUUUGCCACUUUCCCCAUCACCCCAGCGCUGACAUUUGGCCCAGUGGUUGAUGACAUUCUGGAGCAGACCGAAACGAGAUGGAGGGUUUCGACCGAUUCUGGACUUCCGCAAUCUCAAUGGGUACUUGGAGGUACUGAGGUUCCACAUGCUGUCCCCAGCCCGCGUGUUGCAGGCCGUGUCCAGGGACCAGUGGUUUGUGGUGCUGGACCUGAGAGAUGCGUACUUCCAUUUCAGUACCUCCGAUUCGCUUUCGAAGGGACUGCUUACGAAUUCAUGGUUCUUCCCUUCGGCCUCUCCUUGGCACCCCGCAUUUUUACAAAGUGCAUGGACGCUGUCCUGGCACCUCUCACGUCCCGAGGAUGGUUGAUCCUCAAUUACCUGGACGAUUGGCUGAUUUGUGCCCCGACCAGGACCCAUGUCCUGUCAGACAGAGACACGCUCCUGACCCACCUCGGCAGGCUGGGCAUUACUGUAAAUGACGAGUUGUCUGACACCCACCCAGAGGGUGGCCUUCAUUGGCAUGGAACUGGACACAGUCCUCAUGAGAGCACGCCUUCCCACCAGAAGGGUUAAGGCGAUCUUAUCUUGCCUCGACCACUUUCGGCAGGGGCGGGUGGUAUCCGCCCUGACCUGCCAACGCCUGUCUGGCUUGCUGAUGGCGGCCUUGUUGCUGAUUUCCCCUGGGCCUGCUCCAUCUCCGGCCACUUCAACGGUGGUUCAACUCCCACCGGCUGCACCCGAAGUGCCACCGUCACCGCCAGCUGCGGGUGACCGCACAGUGCCUCAGGGCAUUGUUGAGGUGGCGCUGUUGCUCCUUUCUCUCAGGUGGGGUGGAGAUGCUGAGGAUGUGACGCCGGGAGCUGGUCAGCACAGACGCAUCCCAGAUCGGCUGGGGGGGGGGGGGCCCUGCUGGCCCUGCGGUCUUUCCUGUCCUGGUGAGAAUGGAUAACACCACAGUGUUGGCUUACAUCAACCAUCAGGGUGGACUGAGGUCCCACCGUCUCCAUCUUAUGGCACUGGAGCUCCUUCUCUGGGCUCAGGGACGUCUAGCGUUACUACGUGCAGCGCACGUACCUAGCAUCCUGAAUGUGGCAGCGGAUAUGCUCUUAAGGGAGGGCACGCCACCUUGGGACUGGAGCCUACAUUACCAGGUGGUGCAGCACCUGUGGGACAAGUUCAGGAGGGCACAGGUAUACCUGUUUGCCUCCCUGGGUCAUGCACACUGUCCCCUGUGGUACUCCAUGUCAGAGCCACCAGGGCCUCUGGGCUUGGAUGCUCUGGCUCACUAUUGGCCAGAGCUGGAGCUUUACGCAUUCCCCCCUUUUCCCCUGAUCCAAGGCUGUGCUGGACAGAACCAGGAUGGAGGCGCAUCGUCUGCUGCUGGUGGCCCCAUACUGGCCCAGACGACCCUGGUUCAGCCUUCUCCUGUCCCUGUUGUCUGGGACUCCUUGGCAACUGUCCCUUAGACCCGCUGUCUCAGGCCGGGGGAACUCUGUGGCUUCCGAGACCGCACUGCCUCAGUCUGUAGGCUUGGCUGCUGAACGGCACCAAUGGUCCAUGUUAGGACUACAGGAGGGCGUAAUGAACACCAUGCAGAGCGCAAGGGCACCGGCUACAACCGCGGCAUUCCAGUUGCGCUGGCGGUUGUUCUGCUCUUGGUGCACUGGUAUUGAGGUUGUGCCCGAGUCAUGCGGGAUGCAGUAUGUCCUCCAGUCUCGCUUGGAUGAGGGCUUGGUAGCCUCUACACUGAGAGGGUAUUUGGCCGCUAUAUCUGCCUGCCAUGUGGGGUGGAUGGACAGGCCAGUGGGGCGUCAUCCCUUGGUCGCCAGGUUUAUGAAGGGGGUUCGUUGCCUAGGACCCGCUCAAUGGCGAGCUGGGAUCUGGAUGUGGUCUUGGCAGCUUUGGCAAAGCUGCCUUUCGAACCAUUGGAGUUUGCCUCCCUGAAACACCUCUCUAUGAAGGUAGUUUUCUUGGUAGUGAUUACUUCAGUGAAGAGGGUGGGUGAGCUCCAUGCUUUUCGGUCAGUUCUGAGUGCUACCGGAUGGACCCCGGUGGGAGGAGUAUAUCUCUCCGCCCCAACCCUUCAUUCCUCCCGAAGGUUCUGUCAGACCGGCAUGUGAACAUCCCUUUGAUCCUGUCUGCUUAUGACCCCCCGGCAGUGGCGGGGGAGUCUGGGCCUCCCUCCGGCAUGCUGUGCCCUGUGCGGGCACUGGCUGCCUAUGUGGAGCGGACUCGGUCAGUGAGAACAACAGACCAGCUCGUUGUCUGCUAUGGUGAGAGAGUCCUGGGGGCUGGGCUAUCAUAGCAGAGACUCUCUCACUGGAUCGUAGACACGAUUACGACAGCAUACCGCCUGGCUGGCAGGCCAGUGCUGGGAUCUGUAGUGGCACAUUCAACAUGAGGUGUGGCUGCGUCCUGGGCUCUACUGAGAGGAGUGCCCCUCGCUGAUAUCUGUGCUGCAGCCAGCUGGGCUUCCUGCUAGGUACUAUCGGGUAAAUAUGGCACCUCCCUCUGCGGUUGGAUCAGCGGUCCUGGGCGUCGCCUCCCCUUCCAGGGACUGUGCCGGGACCCCCCUUCCACAUUGACGGCCCCUGCGUCUCGGUUCCGCACUGGGACUUCGCCGCUGGCUGGCCAGGUCCCUCUAGCACCGACAAAAUCUGGGACGGGUAUACCAAUAUAUUGGAGUGAUCCAAUAUAGUGAAACAUAACGAAGGUUCCGAAUGUAACCACGGUUAUGUGAGCUAUAUGGAUCACUCCAAUCCUCUACGGUGCUAGAAGGCGCCUCAAAAAUGAUGUAGAGAACGUGUGUCGCGGCCAUGGGGUCUAUAUAUAGGGGCGGACCCCAGUCGUGACACAGGUGUACACGGGAGUAAAUCUGUAAAUCCUCACCUCUGAUGUAUCCCUCCGCUGCGGAGUGAUACCAAUAUAUUGGAGUGAUUCAAUAUAGUGAAACAUAACGGUUUCAUAAAAACUCAUAAUAAUGUAAGCUUUGGCACUACUAGCUACAGUAGUAGCUUGCUAGCUAUCUUUUGUUGGAAUAUUCAACAUUGUGUGUGCAGCGCUAAGUAGGUAAGUUAGCUGGUUGGUUAGCAGCAUCCUUUCAGUCGAUGUUAAGGACACAUUUUUGAUAGCUUUACUCCUCAUUGAAGCACAAUAAUCCUUAGCUAGAUGUAAAAAAGCAUCAACAUUAUUGACAUAUUUAUUGUUUUAGAUUAAUUCAGACAGUUUUGAGACAGAAAUGGGGUUCAGCAGAUGUCGCCUAGGCAAUAUUUUUUAUGUUAGACAGCUGAUAGUCCCAGUCGGUAUUAGAUAGAACGUCACGGCCCCGCCUGCGGGGAAAAACAAUCUGUGCUUACCUAGGUUACCACAUUGGCUCACAGCAAAAACCUAUCCUUUUUCAAAUGCAAUUGUAUUUUUGUUUGUCUGUUUUAGUCAAUUACAGAACAACGUUUAAUAAAGUACAACAUGACUAAAGAUUACUUUUCAACAUUGCCUGCUCCCAAUAUUGUAGGGCUUCCCUCAUGCCCCAUUUCAUGACGUCUUGACGGUGUUAGCAGCCACGUGAGUGAGAGCGAGCUAGCUGACCGGAACAUUAAGCUAGCCAAGACCAACACAAACAGACUAUACAUCUACAAGUAAUGAGAGGAGUUACAAACGAACUACACUAAACAAGUGAAAUGUCUUACCUGUGAUCAACUGUUUUCCACACACAUAACUAACUACGUGUAGCCUGCCUAUUUUGACACAUCCGGGUCCUCACAUUUCCAAUACCGAAUAGCUUGAAGCCACAGUGCUCUUCUCGCGCUCUCUAUUUCCCUACAUGGGAGCAUUGCGAACCGUUGGUCGGGAUUUUUGACCUGGUUACAUGUACAUUGAACAACACAGCAGCUUUUCGGCAUGUUUAGUUAUUUCUGUAUAACAAAAAAAUAACGAAGUUGGCUUUUUACACUGUGGGUUUAUGGGAAAUAAUGUUUGUUUUCCCUAAUUUGUGAGCGUGGUCUAGGGGAAUUCCUUAUUAUUACCUGAAUAUCGACUCCGAGUAGCAGAACUACUUUCGAGCUAUCCCAUUACUCUUUGCGAUAUACGAGACAGAUCAGUGCAGGCGGAAUUGACGCACUAUCUGACAUAAGACAAUGGCCUUGGUCAUAAUGCAGUAUGCAUGUCUAAGAGCAGUUAUUUGCGCCCAAUUUCUCCAUUGUAAUGCAUUAUGCAUUUCUCAUAAGGAGUUAAAUAUGCAUUAUGAAGAGGUAUGCAGUGUUACCAUGUAUUCUUCCUACUUGUAUUUAAACUUGUCUGUGUAUAUUUCUGUUGAUAGUUAUGUGAAUUUUGCAUCUGUAACUAAAUCAUUUGGGUAACCUGAGUUGAUGUGCAUUACAAACUGCCAACCACAAAACCAACCCGACCCUAAUGAUUGCAAACAAAAAAACUGCUCUCAUGGUGCUUUACCAUAGAUGUAAGUUUAACUGUGUCAAAAGCUAUAUUUUGAAAUGUAAAAAAAAAUCGCCAUAUCCAGUUACUGCAGCUGACAUUAUGACUGUUUUCUUAACAAUUAUAGAGCUGAGACUUACUGGACUAACUGUGAAACAGACAAUCAGCUAUAGGGGGUUCUACAGCGUGACACCUCUACAACUUGGCUAUUUUAAUAAUUCCCCUGAGAGACACACUCAUUUGAGAUGACAGGAAAUUGUCACGCCCUGGCUCUGGGGACUCUAGUAUGUUGUGCCAGGGUGUGAGUUUUCAUUUGUUUUUCGUUCUAGUUUUGUAGUUCUAUGUUGGCCAGUGUGCUUCUCAAUCAGAGGCAACGUGUAUCAGCUGUUGCUUGUUGUCUCUGAUUGGGAACCAUACUUAAGCAGCCAGUUUUCCCACAGUGUUUGUGGGAUCUUGUUCCUGUGUAGGUUUGUGUUUUGCACCUUUGGACGUGACGUAUCGAUUUGUUGUUUUUGUUCGUGUAAUCAUUAUUUCAUAAAUAUGUUCACCUUCCACGCUGCGCCUUGGUCCUCUGUAUCCGACGAUCGUGACAGAAAUACUGUGUGACUCACAUGAACACACUGCAUUGCUUAAUCUCUGUUUAGUUUGUCAUGCCGAGUGUAACAACCAUGCUGUUAUCUGUUAUACAUUUUAGGGCUCCAGAGAGUUUGUUGCAGGAGCGUUACAUAUCAUGCCCCUCUCGAGCACUUCCUAAGAGACCAUCUCAGAGGACCACCUCUCCCCCUCCCAUACCCCGGAGAACAUAGUGACACACAUCUCUGCUGUUUUAUCAUUUUGAAUGUCUGCCCUCUAAAAUGUAUAUCAAUAUCUAAUCAGGCAGCAUUAUUUAUAUUAGGUUUUAUUUUGCCUCCAAGUUUUCAGAGCAAAAACUAUAUACAUACACUACCAGUCAAAAGUUUGG